GCCCGGCUGGCUGCGGGGACUCGCGGGGGCGGCCACGCGCGGGUCCUUCCCGACCUCGCGACCCUUCGGGGGCCGUGGCCACUGCGCCGGGGGUCGGCGCCGUCCGGGGGUGCGUGGGCCCGCCCAGGGUCGAAGGUCGCUGCCCCGCGGCUCCUCCCAGCCCGGUCCUUCUUCUGCAACUGCCCUGGCUGGUUUGUUCGCUGCUGUUCAACCGCGCCCGCUAUUCUGCUUUUGCUGGUUUUUGUUUAAAGUUGCGCCGCCUGGCCUGACUUCUCCCUUCCCGGGGCUCGAACCCCCGGAGAGAUGACGGGGUCGCGGCGCAGCGAGCGCAGCCGCGCCUGCGCGCCGGCCUCCUGCCCUCCCGCCCGGUGUCUGCCCUGCCCGGUGCCGGCGGGCCACUCGGGACGUUUCUGUCCAAGUGCCACGGGGAUAGGACGUUUGCGUGAUGCAUAGGAGGCGUGAUGACUUUGCCCUUUGCCCUCGGGACGGAAUUAGAAGUUCUCGUUGCUAAGGCCUUAGAGCUCUCUCGCCUGGUGCUUCUUAGAUUAGGAAAAGGACUUCCUGCUGCAGCAGACCAUGCUACGGAUUAAGGACCCUAAGAAGUCUCUAGAUUUUUAUACCAGAGUUCUGGGCAUGACGCUUCUCCAAAAAUUAGAUUUUCCCACUAUGAAAUUUUCACUCUACUUCUUGGCUUAUGAGGAUAAAAAUGACAUCCCAAAAGAUAAAGAUGAAAAAUUAGCAUGGGUAUUCUCCAGAAAAGCCACGCUCGAACUGACACACAAUUGGGGCACUGAAGAUGAUGAGAGCCAGAGUUACCACAAUGGCAAUUCAGACCCUCGAGGAUUUGGUCACAUUGGAAUUGCUGUUCCUGAUGUCCACGGUGCUUGUAAAAGAUUCGAGGAGCUGGGAGUCAAAUUUGUGAAGAAACCUGAUGAUGGCAAAAUGAAAGGCCUUGCAUUUGUUCAAGAUCCUGAUGGCUACUGGAUCGAAAUCUUGAAUCCUAACAAAAUGGUCAAUAUUGUUUAGUUCUCUUUGGAAACUGCUUUAAGAGUUCAGCAAGGACGUUGUGGGAGGUGAAAAGAGAAACAAAGCAAGUCAACGGGAUUCAGAAAACAGGGACAUGAACAAGGGAUGGUGUUGGUCCCAACUCAAACAGAUUCUCUGCAUCCAUUUCCCCUUUCUGUUUCAGCUGUGUCUCACCUCACUGUUCCUUUUUGUUUGAAAGUGCUGCUUUGUCUUAAAGUCCUUGAAUCUAAUUGUGUAACUUCUUUUGGGAGGUAAUAAUUAGAAUUCCCUUCAGAGGCUGCAUUUUCCUUCUGUCCCUUAAAUAUGAUUUCUCUACAAGUCUGCCUUUGAAUUAUCAUUUGAAAAAAACGAUUUAAAAUGUCUUUCUUCUGGUUACCUUCUGGGGUUUCAGAAAUAACUUCUCACAAUGGAAGGUAAAGAAUACUGAACAAAAUGAAACUUUACGUAUACUUCAAAUAGCAUAAUGUGUUUAUUUUACAAAAAGAGAACUUACUCGAGGGAACAAUUUAGAAUCAUGCUGACAAGGAUGCUGAUAAAAGAAACUAAUUUCUUCUUAUUUAAAAUAGUACUUUAAAAGUUCAAGGACUAACCUCUGUUUUGGGGUAGGAGGAGCGGAAUGCCACUUCCUGGCUCUGCAGUCACUGCCGUCUGUCCCAUGCCUGAUGCACUCCCAACUAUCCUCUGAAAAUGCAUGGAAAAUAACUUUUAAUAAAGACAAUAAAAAUAGUU